ACAUCGCAGUCGCGCUCCGACCCGAAGCAACCCUUGCCGCCACCGCCGCCACCGCCGCCGUCGGACCUCUCUCUCCAUCUCCGAACUCCGGUCGCCGCCGGAGCAGCGGCCCAGCUCCACCGCCUCCCUCUCGUUCUCUCGCACUUCGCCGGCGACCGAUUCCUCCGCCAAACUUCGCCGUCGCCGCGCCUAGCUCGCCGGCUCGCCGCCGUCGGAAACCGAGGUAGGAUAGAGUUGUUUCAGAGGGAUGGCUUGGCGGGCACAGUUGCGAACCUUACUGUGCCAUGUCGAGAGAAGACUGGAGAUCAAUGGCAAUGCAGCCGCCGGCUUCUCUUGUUCCCGCCUGCUGUCUUCUUCUGCAUCUGUUGGCGCCCCCAAUUUACAGAGACUAUGGGAAUCUCCUUCUGCAAACGUCCUGAGGCCGCUGUACCAGUAUCUUCAGCAGUCGGGGAUUUCCAGUUCAAGAAAGCUUCUGGCUGAUUCAUCUGACACAGCUCCUAUUUCUUCUCCAUUAACACCUAUGUUGCAAAUAAGCAGUGGAACGGGUGAAAGUCAGAAAGUGGUUUCUAAGCCUUCAAAAGUUCAAGCAGUAUUGAAAGGCAUAAAGCAGAGUCCUAAGAAGGUCAAUUUGGUUGCUGCUUUGGUUCGUGGAAUGCGUGUUGAAGAUGCACUGUUGCAAUUGCAAGUGACCAUAAAAAGAGCUGCAAAAACUGUCUACCAGGUUAUUCACUCUGCCAGAGCAAAUGCGACGCACAACCAUGGAUUAGAUCCCGAAAAACUUCUUGUUGCUGAGGCAUUUGUAGGAAAGGGAUUUUACCAGAAGAGAAUUAGCUACCAUUCAAAAGGAAGAUGUGGAAUCAAAGUGAGACCCGACUGCCGCCUGACAGUAGUAGUCAGGGAGAUAACUGCCGAGGAAGAGGCUGAGAUAGCAAAGCUGAGAGUAAGCAAUUUCAAAAAGCUUACAAAGCGGGAAAGGCGGCUUGUUCCCCAUAAGCUCAUCGAGUCCACUCCAAUCUGGAACCGCAAAGGCAAAGCUGGAAGGAAUGAAGAGAGUGUGAUGGCUGCAUGAUCCGUUUUAUCCUGGAUCACUGCACUUGUAUGGUUACAUCUGAUGAAAUUUUGAAACGCCCCUUUGUUUAGAAUAUAGCCAGGUGCGAGCGCAGAAAACCUAGCAAUAGCCCCCGGUACGCUUAGAGGUGAUUCUGAAUGAAGGUAAAUUAACUGGUGACAUUAAUUGCUGUUGGAGGAAGGUAGGUUUUGUUGAAUGUAAACACCAAAUCUUCAAGGUCACUUUUGAUGGACCCGGUUCACCUUGGGUUCUCUAAAACAUAAAUGUUGUCGAAGAGUGAUGGCCUGCUGAAAGUCCUUAGCAGGAUUCUUUAUUGAA